AUGGCGUUGGACCAGCUGGAGGCGCAGGCGCGGUUCGUCGGUGUGGCGGCCGGGAAUGCCGGCUUGGAGCUGGACGACCACCAGUCCCGGUGGGUGAGCCUGGUGCGGCGGCGGAUGGAGUCCGCCGCCGAGGAGCUGGGCGCCGUGGCCAAGGUCUUCGACGUGCCCAAGCUGCUCCGGGCGACGAAGCCCGAGGCGUACACACCGCAGCACUUCGCGAUCGGGCCGUACCACUACCAGCGGCCCGAGCUAAAGGAUAUGGAGCGCUACAAGCUCGCCGCGGCCAAGCGCGCCGAGAAGCUCUUCGCUGGUGACCGCAAGUUCGACGACCUCGUGCAGAAGUUCGUCGGCUUCAAGGAGAGGAUCCGGGCACCCUACCACAGGUUCCUUGAGCUGAACGAGCAGACGCUGGCAUGGAUGAUGGCCAUCGACACGUGCUUCCUCCUGGACUUCCUGGAGAGCUACCAUGUCGAAGAGGCCACCGACAUGGUGUCCUCGGCGACCAACUGGAUCAACGUCAUGGUUCGCGACGCCAUGAUGCUUGAGAACCAGAUCCCGCUCUUCCUCUUCGCCGGAGCGCUCGAGCUCCGCCACGCCUCCGAGGAGGUCGUGGCUGACGCCAUGCAUUCCGUCCUUGAUCGGUUCAUCAGGGAGGUGUGCCCCAUCAAGACCACCGCGCUUGCCAUUGCCGGCGACGUCGCCAAGUACGCGCACCUGCUGGAGCUCCUCUACCACUUCCUGGUGCCAGCCUCGGAAGUCUUCGCAGAGGACACGGCGGCGGAGCUCCCGCCGCUGUUCCCGGAGGAGCUCCUCUCCAUGGACGCGCUCGAGCAGCAAAUCCCGGACUACGACAAGGUGAAGCAGGCGUGCAUGCAGGUGUCCAGCCUCAACAUCGCGCCCGUGCGGUUCAUCAAGAAGAACCUUAUCUCAAAGCCGUUGAGCGCGGCAUCGAGCCUCCCGGGGAAGAUCAUGAGCAAGGUACCGCUACUGGCGGUGCUGGCGCCGAUGCUCGGGAAGCUGAUGGCCUCGACGGACGUGGAGGCGCGGUUGAAGGGCGUAAACCUGGGAAGCAUCGUGAACUCGCCUCUGGUGCAGGAGAUCAUGAUCCCGUCCGUAGAGCAGCUGGCGGGCUGCGGCGUGCGGUUCGUGCCGGCGCCGGAGGGGAUGGCAGGGAUCGCCUUCGACGCGGCCACCGCGACACUGACCCUCCCGGUCGUCCGCCUCGACGGCAACACGGAGGUGAUCCUACGCAACCUGGUGGCGUACGAGACCGCCGCCGUGCGCGGGCCGCUGGUGCUGGCGCGGUACACGGAGCUGAUGAACGGCAUCAUCGACUCGGACAAGGACGUGAAAAUCCUGAGAGAAAGUGGGAUAAUCUUUAACGGCAUGAAGAGCGACAAGGAGGCGGCGGACAUGUGGAACGGGAUGUGCCGCGCGGUGCGGCCGAGCAAGGUGCCGCUGAUGGACGGGGUGAUCAGGGAAGUGAACGCGUACCGGAACAGGAAGGCAUCCGUGAAAGCGAAGAGGCUUCUCAAGCGGUAUGUGUUCCAGUCGUGGAAGAUUCUCACGCUGCUCGCCGCCAUCGUGCUCCUGCUCAUGACGGCGCUGCAGACCUUCUGCUCGCUCUAUGAUUGCAAACAAUGGUUCGGCGGCAUACUACAGCUGCCGCAGCUGCCGGCCGCAACCGGAGGAGGGCAGUAGCCUCACUAGCCUACUUUGGUCUGUUGCCGUGGUAUGUGCAGAUUAAAUUAUACUCCAUCCGAUCCAUUGUAAAUGUUAGAGUGUUUUAAAUUUAAAUUAAUAUUAUGGAUCGUAGUAGUUUAUUUCUAU